GUUAAAGCAAUACCGGAGUUUUUGCAGUGCAGAGAAUUAAGUAUUGAAACAACACCGGUUGGAUCAAACCGAUCCUGCUUUAAUACUAAUUGAUGUUGCAUAAACACCUAUCUGGUGUUAGACUUAUACCAAAACUGGUGUUGUUUAACACCUCUCUGGUGUGGACAUAUAUAGAUUCCGGGCUGGUGUUAAAUCAACACCGGAGUUUUUGCAGGGAUUCGAACCCCGUAUAGCGUACUGUUCAUGUUGAACCACAGCAGCAUCAUCUUCGUAGAUGGCGUUCCAUAGUUAAAUUGUCACGCGAAAUUUGGAAACAAUCGAAGAGUCCGAAGACGACAGACGAUGGAAGAUAUUUCUGAAAGAAUGAGACGCAUAGUCUCUGUUUCUCAUCCAUUUGAAUAUAUUUAUGAAGCACAAAGAAACAGAUACCACUCCACCGGAAAUCCGAGGGGAAUCAUCACUCUCACAUCAGCACAGAACAGAUUGUGUGGAGACCUCAUGCUUGAACAGGUGAAGAGCCUUGAUUUGUCUGAGUAUGAUGGUGCUACACUUCUACUUUACCAAGAUUGUCAGGGUAUGCCAGCAUUUAGAAAAGCCACAGCGGACUUCUUUAAAGAACACACUAAUUCACCACAAGAUAUUGACCCUGACAAGCUUCGUAUUUGUAAUGGUCUCACUGCACUUCUUGAUGUCAUAGCAUACACAUUAUGUGAUGAAGGAGAUACCAUACUGUCUCCAUCGCCUAUGUACGGUGGUAUAAUGAGAGAUGUAGCUCUGAGACCUAAUGUCAAUAUUCAUCCUGUUCAUUUAUCAAGCAAGCCAAGAUCAGAAGGGGAUGAACCAUACAAGUUAACAGUACAUCAUCUAGAAACAAGCUAUGAAGAAGCUAUAAAACAGGGAAAGCGAGUAAAAGCUUUGUUUCUUGUGAAUCCGACAAACCCACUAGGGACUGUUUACUCCAAGGAUGAGUUAAUAGACUACCUACAGUUCUGUAAAAGGCACAAUCUGCAUAUUGUUAUAGAUGAGAUCUAUCUAUGUAGUGUGUAUGAUGAUACCAAACCAUUCUGUAGUAUACUAUCACUCAAAGAAAGUGAGAUUCCUGACAUCAACAAAACUCACUUUUUAUAUUCUUUUGGCAAGGAUUUUAGCUUUAAUGGAUGUCAUUGUGGAGUGCUUUAUUCUUGGAAUAAGACUAUUCUUGAAGCAGUAGAAACCAUCACACAUUAUCAGCGAGUAUCUACUCUCACUCAACUAGCAAUCACCCACAUACUACAAAAGAAAGAAUGGCUUCACAAUGUAUACUUCAAAACAAGCUAUGAGAGGUUAAGAGAAGCAAGAGACAUCGCCAUGGCAACAUUGGAUGAAAUGGGUGUGGCUUAUAUAAAACCUACUGCAGGAUUCUACAUAUGGGCAGAUUUCAAUAAGUUCCUUAGUGCAUCAACCUCUACAGAGGAAAAAUCUAUCUGCUGCCACCUAUUGUCGUGUGGAGUCUCAAUCCUCCCUUCAUCUGGUUUCUAUGGAAAUGAGCCUGGCUGGUUCCGAGUUCUGUUUUGCAUUCCCCUGCCAGAGCUGAUUGAAGGGUUGAAGAGACUGAAGGAAGGAUGUUUGACUUAUGUUCCUGGUACAGGAUCAGCGAUGACAGGUGACCUUGGACAUGACCUUGCCAGUGGCCUUGAUUUUGACCUUGCUGAUGUAGAGGUUGUAGGAAUUCAAUCAGCCUCAGGCUCAGAUGAAUCACUUGAAUCACUGAUGAGGUCAUUCCAUGUCAGCGUCAAGAACUCUGAUUGGUUGAAAGAGAAUACAGCAGACAAAUGGAAGAGAGAGAAUCCUGAGCUUGCCGAGGCUUGGAUAAAAGAAAUUAACAAGUUACCUUCAGAAUGAGAGCGCAUUCCUUGUAUUUCUGACUUAUAUUUCGAAUGCCAUGCCCUUGCCCAUGUGAGGGUACGAUCACUCGGACAUGUGAAAGUAAAUGCUUGUCUCGACUCUAAACUCAAGCACAGCAAAGUUGGACUCAGAAAAAUCAAUUACAUGCACAAACGUAACAGGUUGGACUGAAGUUCAUGAUGCAAACACUACUCCUGUCAAACAGAAGAAGCUGGUGAAAAACGAAUGCAAAAAAAAAUUGUCUCCAAGUUUUGGCAUUCCCACAUUAAAAACCUUGUAGUUCAGGGAAAACUACUGGAACUUAAUGUUUUGGAGGGAAACAAAACAACCUGGAAGACUUUUGCUUGCAAUCUACCAGAACGGGUUGCAAAAUUCUUAUUCAAUGCCUCUUGUGACACUCUUAAUACAAAUGUCAACCUGAGUAGAUGGGGAAAAAGAUCCAAAGAAAAGAAAAGUUCUAAAUGUAACAAUCGUGAAACUCUUCAUCAUGUCUUAAACCAUUGUCAAGUUUCACUAGACCAAGGUAGAUACACCUGGCGUCACAUUAAUUUGCUUAAUUAUAUUCGCUCAUUUGUGUCAAGCGGGAUAGAGAGAGGAUUUGCUAAUGACGAUACUACAAUUUAUUGUGAUCUUGGCCCCGACACUCCUAAUGUUUCAUGUGGCAGAUCAACUAUUCCUGUUGAGUUCAUGCAAACCGACCUAAUUCCCAAUCUCUGUAUUGUCUCUAAGCAACGAUGCUAAUUGUUGAAUUGCCUGUACCAUUUGAAACCAAUAUCAAGAAACCACACAACUACAAAAGUAACAAAUAUGCAACAAUGGUCGCUGACAUUGAAAGAAAAAAUGUAAAAGUUGUAUUUCUUCCAGUAGUUGGUUCACGUGGCUUUGUUUCGAAUGACAACUUUGCAAGGCUACAAGAAUUGUCAU